AUGGCUUGGGAUCACUUGUCCAUAACGAAGCCGCAUUUGGUGUACAUAAUUUUGGGUGGCUUCACCAGCUUGUUCAUGUUGUGCUCCUCCAUCAUCAAGGAGCGACUGUACAUCGGUGAAGCUACCGUUGCCACCAUUUGCGGUAUCAUUUUCGGACCACAUGCAGCCGAUUUGAUUAAUCCCCUUUCCUGGGGUAACACGGAUCUGAUCACUCUCGAAUUCUCUCGCAUUGUCCUGGUCGUGCAAUGUUUUGCCGUUGGAGUUGAAUUGCCUCGAGCGUACAUGGAAAAACAUUGGAAAUCCGUUACUCUGCUGCUCAUCCCCGUCAUGACUUUCGGCUGGCUCAUUACGAGUCUGUUCAUUUGGUGGAUGUUUGGCUCCCAUCUAAAUUGGCUGGACAGUCUCUGCAUCGCAGCUUGCGUUACUGCAACCGACCCCGUCCUGGCCUCCUCCGUCGUCGGAAAGGGCAAAUUCGCCAAACGUGUGCCGAAGCAUUUGAGAGAUUUGCUUUCCGCCGAAUCAGGAUGUAACGAUGGAAUGGCUUUUCCCUUCGUUUAUCUUGCCGUAUAUCUGAUCCGCUAUCGUCCUCACGCAAACGAGGUGGCUUAUCAUUGGUUCGCCAUCAGUAUUCUGUACGAAUGUGUUUUCGGUGCCGUGUUUGGAGUCCUCGUUGGCUACUUUGCUCGUCGCGCCAUUCGUUACGCCCAUGAAAAGGAUCUCAUUGAUCGAGAAAGUUUCCUUGUGUUUUACUUUGUCUUGGCUCUGUUUUGCGCCGGUUCCGGAAGUCUCUUAGGCUUGGACGACUUGCUCGUUGGCUUCGCUGCUGGUGUAGGGUUCUCAAACGACGGCUGGUUUUUGGAGAAGACCGAGGAAGCUCACGUAUCCAACGUUAUCGAUUUGCUCAUCAAUUUGGCGUUCUUCGUCUACUUUGGCACAAUCAUUCCCUGGGAGCAGUUCAACGCCCCAGAGGUCAUUGGACUCACUCCAUGGCGUCUGGUCGUGCUCGGAAUCUUUGUUCUCUUUUUCCGCCGCAUUCCGAUUAUGCUGAUGUUGAAACCCAUCAUUCCGGACAUCAAAACCUGGCGCGAGGCUCUCUUUGCCGGUCAUUUUGGCCCUAUCGGCGUCGGUGGACUGUUCGUCGCCAUCCUAGCACGAGCCGAAUUGGAAACCGAAUCAACAACGCCGCUAGCUGAAUUGCCAGAGGAGGGAUUCCCUCAUCUAAAUGUCAUUGAAAUGAUCUGGCCAAUUACCUGCUUCUUGGUCAUUUGCAGUAUCCUCGUGCACGGCAGUUCCAUCGCAGUCUUCACCCUCGGAAAACAUAUCAACACUCUCACCAUCACAAUGUCGUACACGACAGCCAAUGAAGACGGGCAGAAUUGGAUGGACCGAAUUCCUCGCAUCCAAUCCCGGUCAAGGACUUCCAUGUCUCUUAGCCGUCGGCCUUCAGAAUCUUCCAUGGACGAGAAGGUUGAUUCAUCGGGCCCCGGUGGUCUACCUAAGAAUUUCUUGCGGCGCCAAAAGGAAGAUGAUAGUCAUAGCCGCGCAAGCUCUCUUCGCCCAACGGCUAGACGCAGGAAAUGGGACACUGGGAAAGGGCCAGGCGGCCCCAUUUCUGCAUCUGCGAUCGAGCCGGUACGGAAUUACAACGAAAAGGACGAUCUUGUCUCCCCUGCCCAGGACUCUGAUACUCUAGCUGGCGGUCCUAGCGACGACUCACCCGAGGGUUCUGCUACCAAAGAAAGGCGCAGACGUCACGAGUCCGAGGAGGAAAUAUACCAAGAGGGCGACAAGACCGUUAUCGAGGAUGAAGAAGGAAAUGUACUGGCUGUGAGAGAUACUCGACAUGAGUCAGGUGCGGAACGUAGACGGCGCGAUGCCGAAAAGGCGCGGCGCGUCAUGAAGGAGAAGGACGUCCAGCACGGUGUUGCACAGACUGAGCAUGGUGGCAAGGUUGAAGAGGCUCCAGGAAAAGCAGUGGAAGCUAUCAAAGAGGGCGUCGAACAUCCCGGUCGAUGGAACAUGCGGAAACGAAUGGAGAGCUUUUCAGGACGCCAUCAUCACGAUGGCGAUACCCCAACGGCGCCUCCGCGUGCUCACAAACCCGCCCAGAAACGUGGUCCCGCCCUUGCAUACCAGUUUGGAAAUACCAUCAUCGUCGAAGACGAGGAUGGUGAAGUUCUCAAGAAAUACGACAUCCCAGCACCAGCCAAAGAACAUGCCCGCCCUGGAAUGGAGCGAAAGGGUACGGGAGCACGUGCCAUGGAGAGCAUUCGAAACAUGGGAGCUUUUGUCGGAUUGCCGGCUCAUCAGGUUGAAGAUGGACCCUCAAACGCACAGAAGAAGCCGCAUGACGAUGAGGGAGAUGACGACCAAAUUCGAUUUACCCUAGGUCCGAAUGGAAGGCGAAUGAGCAAAGCUGAGUUUAUUGAUCAAAUGUCUAAGCUAGAUCCCAAGGCUCGUGCGAAGCUCGUUGAGAACAGUGACGUGCCUGAGCGCGUAAAGGAACAGGCCAGGCAAGACGCGAAAGAUGCAUCGAGGCGCGGAGCCGCCUCCAACGCUAACGUUCCUCCUGUCGUCGGCGAAGAAGGGGAAGCUGAAAUUCAGCGUAUCGAAUCGCCAGACGCCGCACGGGAGGGAAGGAAGCGAGGACCGGAAGGUUUGACGCUUGUUGAUAGCGAUGAAGAGGAUAUCCCGUUCCAUUCUGUGCGGGAAGAUCUUGCGAAGUACAAACUCGAGCAUCGCACCGAGGGCGAGACCGCGGCUCAGCGUCGUCGGCGUCUAGCAGAGCAUGACAGACGCCCACCCAAUAAGGACAGUGACAAUGAAGACGCCGAUGCCGAUGACACCAGAGGUGAUUACUUCGAGUCGCCUGCCGAACGCCGCCGCCGUCUUGCUGCCACCGAGGGCUCGUCUUCGCCCGCUCGAACCGGAAGCGGCCGAACAUCUCCUUCGCAUGCCCACAAGUCCCGUAUGGACGAGGGGGAGACUGCCGCCGAGCGCAAACGUCGUCUCGGAGCGCUUGGUAUUGGUGAUGACGCUGCGUCUGGCUCAGAUUCCGAAGGCGAGGAGGCCGGUGACCCGCUCAAAACUGGACGUGGCACCCAGCACGGCGCGGCAGCAGGUGCAAGCACUGAGGAAAGACCAAAGGCUCCUGGCAUCAGGUUUGCGGAGCAACCACGGCUCCCCACUAAAGAUGAGAGGAGAGCAGAAGACGAUGCAGAGAAGGAAAACAAAAGCUAUUGCUUUCACAAACUAUGA